CCCGAAGACGACUAUUAUGACAGACGACGAGAACCGGCCCCACUAUUCCUUGGCGAACUGCAAUCACAAAAUACCGAGCUCCAAAGGGAGUUGGGGAACCUUAAAAAGGAACUGGAAUUGACCAAUCAGAAACUGGGCUCUAGCAUGCACAGCAUAAAGACCUUUUGGAGCCCAGAGCUGAAGAAGGAGCGCGCGAUGAGAAAGGAGGAGUGUGCGAAGUAUAGCCUUAUUAAUGACCAACUGAAGCUGCUCAAUCAGGAAAACCAGAAACAAGCAAUGCUCGUCCGACAGCUGGAAGAGGAACUAAGACUGCGCUUACGACAACCAGCGCCAGAGCUCCAGCAGCAAAUGGAACAGCUGUUUGCUGAAAACGAACACCUGCAGAGGGAGAUAGCGAUAUUGAGGGAUACCAUAAAGGAACUAGAACUGCGAAUAGAGACGCAAAAGCAGACGUUACAAGCGAGGGACGAAAGCAUCAAAAAGUUACUGGAAAUGCUGCAAAAUAAGGGAAUGGGCAAAGAAGAAGAAAGGCAAAUGUUCCAACAAAUGCAGGCGAUGGCACAAAAACAGGAGCUCAAGGCGACGGCGGACACGCUGCGGGCGCUGCAGACGCAGCUGGAGCGCGCGCUGGCCGCGGCCGGGCUGCCCGGGGGCAGCGCGGGCGCCACGCUCACGGCCGUGCUGGAGACUAAGGAAGCGCGCAUCGCCACGCUGGAGCGGCAGGUCGCGUUGCUCGAAGGCGAGCUGGCUGCGCUCGUGUCGCCGCCGCCGCCCUCGCUCGCGCCCUCCCACACCUCGCUUUUCGAUAAAGCCGAACCUCCCUUCAAGAGACAAUUGGACGAGUUCCGGUUGGAGAUUCAGCGUCGGGACCAGGAGAUCCUGGCGAUGGCUGCGAAGAUGAAAGCCCUGGAGGAGCAGCAUCAAGACUACCAGAGGCACAUAGCUGUCCUGAAGGAGUCACUCUGCGCGAAGGAGGAACACUACAGCAUGCUGCAGACAGAUGUUGAGGAACUAAAAGCCCGUUUAGAUGAGAAAAGUAGGCUUGUAGAGAAGAAGACCGCGGCCGCCUUGGCAGCUGCGCACGAGUUGGCUGAGUUGAGAGACCAUUCCGAAAUCAAGGAUAGAAAAAUCAAUGUACUACAAAGAAAGAUCGAAAAUCUCGAAGACCUGUUGAAAGAAAAAGAUAAUCAAGUUGAUAUGGCCAGAGCAAGAUUAAAUGCAAUGCAGGCCCAUCAUUGUUCCUCUGAAGGCGCACUUUCCUCUCUAGAAGAAGUAAUCGGUGAUAAGGAAAAGCAAAUCCAACAGUUGAGAGAGCAAAGAGACAGAGCUGAACAUGAGAAGAACGAAGAGAGAGAGCUUCAUGAAAGAGAAAUAGCUGAAUACAAAAUGAAAUUACACGCACUUGAGAGUGAAGUGGAAAAACUGGGCGCUAGACUUGAAAGAGCACAAGCUGAGAAAGACAGACUCGAAGCUAAAUUAGAAAGCUCACAGUCAGAGCUAGGAAAGUCUAAAGCAGAGUUAGACAAAGCAGCAAGUGAGGUGGGACGAUCUGGUGCCGAUUGGGAGGCAGCGAAACAACGUUUAGCUAGACUUGAGCUAGAAAAUGAAAGGUUGAAACAUGAACUAGAAAGAUCCCAGACUACGUUCGGUAGGAGUACUUUGACUACGUCUCAAGAGUUAGACCGAGUUCAGGAAAAGGCAGAUAAGUCAGCUGCUGAAUUGAGAAGAGCUCAGGCAGAGUUAAGGGUUACCCAGGCUGAUGCAGAAAGGGCUCAUGCAGAGAACAGCGCCCUUCAAGACAAACUUGAAAAGUCACAGGGAGAGGUCUAUCGACUGAAAGCCAAGCUUGAAAAUGCACAAACUGAACAGGACAGCCUAAAGGAAGAGUAUGAUAGGAUACAAUCAUCGAUUAGCCGUCUCCAUUCAGAACGCGACAAAGCUGUAGCAGAGCUAGACAAAGCUAGAGAAGAGCUGGAAAGAACUCAAGCUACACUCGGCAAGGCACAACUCCAGCAGGAUAAGCUGCAAGCGUCGCUUGAUGCAGCUCAUUCGGAGAUAGACAAGCUGCAAGAGAAGCUGGAUAAGGCUGCUGCUGAGAAUAGAAAGCUCCAAGUGGACCGUGAGAAACAGGCCUAUGACUUCGAAUCUCUCCAGUCGCAACUGGACAAGGCGUUGGGCCAGGCAGCUCGACUCCAGAAAGAGAGGGACACCGCACAGUUGGAUAUGGACCGUUACAGAGACAAGCAUGACAAAGCCCAGGCCCUGGUUGCCCGUAUACAGAAAGAGCGAGACGCAGCUCUAGCUGAAGCUGCUAGCUGUCGCGAAAGGGCUGAAGCAGCUGCAGCGGCUGCAAAUCGAGCUGCCAGGGAUCGCGACAGUGCUGCCACCGAGCUGGACGUCUUGAGGGAACGGUGGGAGAAGGCGCAUCAACAACAUCAGAAGUUGACGAUGGAAAGAGAUGAUGCCCUAACUGAACUGGAAAUCUUGAAGGAGAAACUCGACAAGGCUCUCUACUCCACACAAAAGUCCAUCGAAGAGAAAGAGACGGCGCACAAAGAAUACGAGAAAAUGCUCGAAAAGUAUGAUAGAUCACAGAAUGAAAUAUACCGAUUGCAAAAUAAGAUAGAUAUCUUAGAAGCAGAUAAAGAUCGCCUUGAACUUGAAUUGGAGAAACAGUCACACUUAGCAACGAAAUCUAGAGAAGAUCAAAGGAAAUUACAAGAUGAAUUGUCACGGCUGCAAGAAAUGUACGACAGGGCUUCUAUGCAAUUAGGCAGGACUAAAGAACAGGAAGAAAAGGCUAAAGAAGACAUGGAUAGAUUAAGUGUUGAUAUUGAAAUGGUUAGGGAUCGAUACGAAAAGAGCCAGAUAGAACUGCGACGGUUGCAAGCUGAGAAAGAAAAGUUGGUUGCUGAUAAUGAAAGAUUACAGUUUGAGUACGAUCGGGCUAUGACACAAUGUGGCAAAGCACAAGCUUCGAACGAAAAAACUCAGGAGGAAAUGGCUAGAGUUCAAAUUGAACUGGAAAAAAUGUAUGAUAAACAUGAUAAAGUAUCGUCAGAGCUUAGAAGGGUACAAGCUGAAUUGGAUAAAGUUAAACAAGAUGCUAGUGGUGCGAGAGAAGAAGCGGAGAGGUAUGCAGCACGUUACGGAAAGUACCACGAUACUAAAGAAGAGCAUGAGAGAACAAAAUUGGAAGUGGAACGACUACGCGCACGCUUAGAGAAGACUACGCUUGAGUUGGAGCGAGCACGGAAAGCUGAGGAAGAAGUGGUUCGUCUACGGUCCGAGCUAGAACGCGUCGAAGGCCUUCGAGGUAAAUACCAAUUCGAACAGGAUAAAUGGACCAAUGAGCUAAAUCGAAUGCAGGCAGAGUUAGACAAGCAACGCGAGCGUUACGAAGUAGCACAGGCAGACAUUCAACGCCUGCAGUCUGAGAAGGAUCAAGCAGAAACGAAACUACAUGAACUGAAUAUACAGCUAGAACUGUCAAAGAGCGAAGUGACUAAAUUAAGUACUGCGUUGGAGAAACAAAGAACUGAUCUUGAACGUGCUCAUAUUGAGUGCGAGAAGUUCAGGGAUCGAUGUGAAAAACUUAAAUUGCGUUCAGAACAGUUGGAUAAAGAUAAUGAGAGACUUAAGGGCGAAUUGCAGCAGAUCGAAAGGAUGAAGUUGCAAGCAGUUGCUGGCGAUAAAGCUAGGACUGAAGACAGAUUGGAAAUUGAACGUCUUCGAGACAAAUUGGAAAAGGCAAUACAAGCUAGAGACUCGACAGAAAUGGAAGCAGGUCGCUUGGCGAAAGAGCUUGAGAAGUCACAAAUACAUCUCGCUAAGUAUCAAGAAACCAAUGAGACUACCCGGGUAGAAUAUGAGCGCAUGACUAAUGAAUUAGGAAGAAUGCAUGAGCGCCUUGAACGUACUAUACUGGAAAUGAGACAAAUUGAGCAAGAGAGAGAUGCAUUGAGAGCAGAAAUUCAGAACACGAGACGUAAUAUUGAACAGCAACAAAGGACUCUAGAUCACCGAACGCAAGAAACGCUACUUAAGUUACAACAGGAACUUGCUCAAUCGGUGCGAGAUAGAGAAAAGAUGGCAUCAAUAUUAGAACAGAGAGACAAACAAGCAGAUGCUAUAGAAAAGCAGAUAGUCAAAUUAGAAGCGGACACGAAACAGCUGACUAUCGAACGAGAUCAAUUAGUAGCUCAAUUAGAAAAGUCACAGGAUAUGUUAGUUAACUUCCAGAGAGAACUGAACGCGUCAGAGGCAGAAUUGCAAAAACAACGCGAAGAGGUACGCCGGUUGAAGGAAGAGCAAAGAAAGAUGGCUCAGGAUUCCGAACGUGGCACCAAAACCGUCCUUGAAACUCGUGACAGGGAAAUCGCAAAAUUACAGCAACAAGUGCAAGUGGUUACAAAGGAAAGAGAUACUAAUAGACAGCGAGCAGAAAAGGCAGAGCAAGAAGCAAAGAAAGUUGGUGAGAUUGAGAAGUGGCGAGCUGCCGUUGAAGCUGAGAAAUCCAAAGCGAUUGCAGCAGAAAGGGCGUUAUCUGAAUGCCAGCAGCGUUUACAGAGUUUGGAGAAACAGUUCCAGGCUCAACAACAGCAAUUGCAGCAACUUCAAGCACGGGGGCCGUCAGACGUUCGCGAAGUUCAAAAGCAGCUUGAAGCGGCUCACGCGGAGGCGAGGUCACUUGCUACGGAGCGAGAGCGUUGCCAGGCACAGCUCGAGAUGCUGGUUCAGGAAUUGGAGAAGAGCCAGCUCGAUCUCCACGAAGCGAACAAGAAACUUCAAUCGGCUGGCGCUCAGAACGCAAGAGCUGGGGAAGACACAGCCCAAGCUAAACGACAGUUGCAAGAAGAAUUUAAGAAGUUGGAAGAUGCGAGGAAACAUUUCGAGGAGCAGAGAAGAACGUUCGAGAACAAGAGGAAAGACGUGGAGGAGAAGGAGAAGUCGCUGACGGAAUUAGAUCGACAGUUGAAGAAGAGAAAAGAGCAAAUGGACCAAAUGGAAGCUUCAUUGAGGAAGGCCGGCGGAAGCACAGCCGCGGCUGCAGACAUGAACCGCAAGCUGACAGAAUCACAGAAGGAAGCAGAACAGCUGAAGCAACAGAUGGAACAGAGCAAAGAGGAAGCGAAGCGGCUCACAGCAGAGACGGAGAGGUUGCUACAGUUGGUGCAGAUGUCGCAAGAAGAACAAGCGCAAAAGGAGAAACAGAUUAUGGAUUUGCAACAGUCUGUGAGAAACCUUCAAGCCAAACUGAAAAGUCAGCAACAAGCACAAGCACAAAGAGAAGAGGAACUGAGCCGAGCGAAAGAGAAGGAAAUAGCAGCUGUAGAUAGAAACAGAAAGGCCCAGACAGAAGUUAAUGAUUUAAAAUCCAAACUGGAGGAAAGCAAAAUGAAAGUAAUAGAUUUAGAGAUAGAGUUGAACGAAUCGUCGCUGAUACUAUCUGAAGUGCUCAAGAUAUCAAACGGUCAUGAGAUGGCACACAUACAGAGGAGUAAAAGCUUUUUUGAAUUACAGAAGAGUGGUAAGGUAGUGGAUAGGCUUGAUAAAUGCAGAUUCAGUAGGAGCUACAAUGAUUUGGACCUAAUGGAAGAAAAAAUAGAGCCUCCAACAUUCAGGAAACUAUCAAGAAAGAUUUCAGACAUGUCAAAAGAAAUGGAAAUAAAGAACUCAAAAAUAAUUGAACAGCAAAGAUGUAUAUCGAUAUUAGAAGAUGCGUUAAGAGAAAAUAACAAUAUAGCCGAAUUUGAACAACUUUUGGCAGUGGUGAGAAGUAAAGAUGAAAGAAUUUGUGAAUUGGAACAGAUAGUUAAUAAGAAAAUGUCCACGCCGGUUGAGUUUAAAGAUAAAAGAAUACAGGAAUUGGAAGGGGCACUCAAGGAGUCUAUUCUAAUUGCUGCUGAAAGAGAGAAGGUUUUUUAUGAAGAAGAACAGAGGAGAAUCGAAACAUUGAAAAAGAUGAGCAAAAUGGAGCAACGGAUCCGGUCGCUGCAAAACGCUUCGGCGCUGAGUUGCGAAACAUGUUCGUCCGUGUUGAAGCGCUUCAAGCUGCUGGAAGAUUCACUGCAGGACUGCCAGGUGAAAAGGGACAGCGUACUGCGACAAUUAUCGUAUGCCGUGCAAGACAUUUUGGAAUCUUCCAUCAGCGAAAAAGACUCACAGAUAGCAGAGUUAGAGAUGAAAGGUGUAUUGGAUGAGAGCGAGACGACUAGAUGCGAUGCGCUGAAAGAGGAAAGAGACAGACUGCUCAAUAGGCUUAAAAUAGAGAACGAGCGGCUAGUGGAACUCCAGAGAGAGGUGUACCAGGAGCCCAUAACGCAUGAAGAGCGAACCACGCCUGUCCUCACACUAGCUGACGACCUCAUAGCAGUCUGCGACGAUAAUGUAAUUGUCUGGGAGGAGGACAUCCCCGCAACAGUGCUCUGACGCCAAAAAGCUAAGUCAAAACCUAAAUGUGUUUGUGGCCUUAGCCUCAUUACCGCACUUGUCACCAUCUCACCCGCUACCUUACCAAAUUCAUCGCUUUUCACUCCAGCAUUUCAAUCAAACAAGUAUUUUUUAAAAAUUCGCCCGCUUGCAAUUUCCGAAUUCGAAUCGUGUCUCUUCACAUUUAAAUUAAGAAUUGUGUCCUAAGACCAAAUAUGUUUUUUUUUUUUAUUUUAUGUGUAAAUAAAUUUGUUUCUUUUUA